AUUUGUCCUACCCUCGAAUAUAAAAUCCCUAAUAAUAUUCUGAAGCAAACCUCUCGCCUCAAAGAAACAAAACCCUACCAUCACUCCCCUCUCGCCCACCAAAGCAAACAUGGCCGCGGAGGAUGAUGCGGCGCCGCCGGCUCUGAACUACAUACCGGAGGUGGUGCUGAAGAAAAGGAAAAACAACGAGGAAUGGGCAAUCAAGAGAAAGCUGCAGCUACAGGAACGUGCUAAACGCCGCAGGCCCGACAGCUCUUUCAUCAAGAAGCCCGAGCAGUUUAUCCGCGAAUUUCGCGACAGGGAACUGGACUUCGUGCAAAUGAAGAGUAGGGUGGCGCGAAAAAGAAGGGCAUCGGCCACGGCACAAUCUAAGCUUCUAUUCGUCAUUCGCAUUGGGGGCAAAAAUGAUAUGCAUCCUAAAACACGAAAGAUUUUGCACGCUCUGAGAUUGAGGAAAGUGUUUAGUGGAGUAUUUGUGAAGGCAAACGCGGGGCUAAUGGAAAUCUUGCAAAAAGUGGAGCCUUAUGUGACCUAUGGCUAUCCCAAUUUCAAGAGUAUCAAGGACUUAAUUUACAAGAAAGGUGUGAUUAAAGUUGGGAAGGAGAGGUUUCCUUUAACUGACAAUAACAUUGUUGAGCAGAAACUAGGCCAGCACAACAUCAUUUGCAUAGAAGACAUCGUGAAUGAGGUUGCCUCUGUUGGCAAAAAUUUUAAGUUAGUCACAAAUUUUUUAUGCCCCUUUAUGCUGAAUAAUCCGGAAAAGGCCUUGCGCGGUAGGAAGAAACGGUUUGAAGAUGGAGGGGACUCGGGAAAUCGUGAGGACCACAUAAAUGAGUUGCUCAGCAAGAUGAAUUAGCAUGAAAAAUCAAAUUCAUGUAUCAGAUGAAUGUUGCUAAUGCUAUUGUUGUACUUGGAUGCGGGUCUUGAUAAUUAUCUAUCGGAGUAUUUACAGUUCUGUUAGCAAUUUUGGAUUGAUUUUAGCACUGUUCUCCCUCAUUUUAACUCACGACGAUUGUUUUUCAUUUUAGUGUAACAUGUUGAGCCUGAUAUAAGUGUUAUAGUUGUUAUGGUUCGUGCCGUAAUAGACACUUGGGUUUUGUGUUUUAGUGUUGUUUCUUUUGUCUGACAUUGAUUAAUUUUGUUGCGCCUUUAUAGUGUGGGCGAAUCAUUUUGUUCAAGGUUUUUGAUUAAAUUGAAGUUGAUCGUAAAUGACUGGUAAAUGUGUGACCUUAAAGCAUAAAACAAUAGUUUUUAUCCUA